AUGAAUACCCGUAUAUAUUGGGAAACUGUAUUUGGAAAAUCUAUAUUUUCAAGUUUGCUCAAUUUAAAAUGCACCCGAGGUAUGCUAGGAAAGAGAAAAUACAUGCAUUCUAAAUUAGUAGGCAAAAUAAAACCCAAUUUUAUUUAUAAUAACCAGUAUAAUGAUUUUAUGUCCCUAGCAAAUGAGCGUUAUAAUAAUGAAGAAUCCCAAUGUGUAAUUAAACCAAAUUAUGAAUUAAAUGAUCAAAGAAAUAAAGACAGAUAUAAUCAAAAAAUUCUUAAAUGUUUGAUUUUAUUAAAAAAUAAAAGAAAGAGAGAUUGUGAUAAAUUAAAAUUAAUCAGUAAAUACAUUUUUAAUAACAUAAACAGUUAUGAUAUAUUUGAAAUAACUAAUAUAUUAUAUUGCACAUAUUUUUUUAGCAUAAUAUUAAAAAAAGAAGAUUUGUAUAAAUUAAUAAAACGACUUAAAUUAUUAACAUUUAAUAAUAAAAAUGAUGCAGUUAUAUAUGAGCUAAUUUUAAAUUUGUUACGGUUAAAAAUACCAAACGAAACUGUAGAUGCAAAUUUUAUAUUUGAUUUAAAUAUAUUUUUAAAUAAUAUGUUGCACAUAGUUAUAAUGCCCAAAGAUAGAAGCAAUAUGGUUAAUUCUAGUAGCAAUCAAAAUAUUUCAUAUUUUAACUACAUAUAUUUUGUAAGGGAAAUACAAUUAAUAUAUCAUCAUGGGUUCUGUUCAUGGCUUAACAAAAAGUAUUUGGACACUUCUAUAUUACAAUUUUUGAAUUCAUUUCAGAAUUCUGUAAUUCAGCAAAAUAAAAAUUUAGAUUAUCAUUUUAUAAAUGAUGUAGUUAAUAUUCUUUAUAAAUUAAAUUGCCAAGUAAAUUAUUUGAGUUUGUAUAAUUAUGAUAUUCCAAUUUUUAUAGAAGAAUUUAAUUUGAUUAUUGAAUGCAUAUCUGAUAAAAAUACUUUUGAAGGAACAUUAAUUAUGACUCCAUAUUUUUUUCAAAGAUAUAAUUUAUUUAAAAAGCUUAAUUAUAAAGUUCUCCUUUUAUAUAAAGAAUCAUUACCCCCCAAAAAUGAACAAGACAAAAUUAAUUAUAUUAAAAAAUUGUUAUAUAAUAUUAUAAAAUAG